AUGACAAAAAAUUCAUAUUCAGUGUGGUCACUGAGCGAUGAUUUUCAAAUUAAUAAUACUAAUCCUAAUCCUUCUUCUGUAUGGUCUUAUGGAAAUAAGAAGGAAAUUUUGGGCCCGUUCACUCUAUAUACGCAAUUGCUUGCAGAUCCCAAAAACAGCGGAGUAUAUGCUUGGUAUGAAACAGGUGUUAACUGGGAUACUCCUGGAAAUUGGCUAGGCGUAUAUUAUAACUCUAAAACAACCAGUGUGAAUUUAACAUAUCCAAGUCAAAUCAUUACGUUCCCCCCUCACGGCGUCGCCAUGCAAUCCGGUAAUGACAGUAGAUUUUCGGUGGCGAGAUAUACUACACCGAUAGAUGGAAUUUAUAACAUAACUGCAACGUUCACCCGUAUUGAUAUCGAUUCUAAUACAACCAAUGCAUCCACAGGAGUUUAUAUUAUAUAUAAAAACUAUCAGCUUUUUGUUAAUAACAUAUAUGGUAUGAGAGGUGCAACAUUAUUCAAUACGAGUAUCAAUCUCAAAGCAAAUGAAGUCAUAGACUUUAUUGUUGGUGUUGGUCCAGAUAAGAUAGAUAAAUAUGAUAUGACUAAUUAG